AUGGAAGACGCACUUUGGGCACAAAUACUAAACGCAACUCAUGAGGAUGAGGAUGCUCGAGCCAGAGCACAAAAUGAUAGUGGAGCAGAUACAGAUGCAUCAGAUAAUGAAGAAGAAGCUACAGUUGCCAAUAAUCAACAAACAUCAGAGCCUGUACGUAGUCCAACUGGUAAUGGUAGACACACAGGUCCAAAAGGUGUGAUGGCAGAUCAUGCAUACUACAACAAGGUCAAAGUAGCAACAGAACAGGCCAAACGGGAUGAACACAAUUCCCGAAUGCUUUCCAAAGCACUCAUGACAACAACUUAUUUGGAAGACGUUGCUGCAUCUAAACAAGAAGUGCUUGUAUUGGAACACCAAGAGAGUGAUGAUGAUCUCUUGGAGGAUGAAGAGAUUCUCGCCUUGUAUCGUCAGAAACGACUAGGCGAGCUGAGACAGAUGAGUAAUCAUGGUGUACGAAAACAGCAUCGCCUGUUUGGUACUUUGGAAACAGUAAAUGCCGAUGACUAUGCAACAGCUAUUGAUAAUGAGUGGAGAACAGUACCAGUCAUUAUCCAUCUUUAUGACAACUCGAUACCUGAAUGUCGAAAGUUGGAUGACCAUUUGCGUGGAUUAGCAAGCACUUAUGCGUUAGCAAAGUUCAUCAGGGUGUCUGCACUUGAUCUAGAGUUUGAUCUUGUUGGAUCACCUGCUGUUUUGGCUUAUAAGAGUGGGCUUCUGAUUGCAAAUAUGGUCCGUUUUGUUGAUCAAGUCGGGCCGCGUUUCAGUCCAGAAGCAGUGGAAGAUUGCUUAGUGGGAUGUGGUGCAUUAUGUGAAGAGGACCUUUAUGAGACACCCAGCCAGAAGGAUGAAGACGAAGAAGAUUAG